UAGAAAGUGUUUCACGUAUUUAUUUACGUAAACAAUAUAGAAAAUUGCGUUAGAAAUAAGUUUUAAAGGGAUUAGGAGUGAAAAUGGUAGAAGAAGUAUGCAGAUUAUGCCUUAGUAGAGAUAAUUUAAGCCCAAUAUUUGUUAAUGUGGACCAAAUUGAGAGAUAUUCGCUAGUACUAGCUUUAACGACGGGAUUAAAAAUUCAACCAAACGACGGUCUGCCGCAACAAAUAUGCGCAAAUUGCACAUAUACAGUUAACAAAUCAUUAAAACUCAGAAACGAAGCUCACUUGACUGAACGAAAACUCAUAAAAUCAGGAUAUAAACGAAGUAACCCUGAAAAUAAAACUAGCUUAAAGGAAGAAAAUAUUGAACAAACGCAGAAUAAUGAUUAUUUAGAAGAUAUAGCGACGGAUUGCUUUGAUUUUGACGGAUUUAAAAUUGAAAUUGAAUUAGAUAGGAUAACAGAAAAUGGCGGUGUGAAAGAAGUAAAUGAGGCAAAGGCGCUAAGCGUUCAGCCAAAGAAAAAUAGUAGGAAGGAGAAAAGAGAACUGUAUUUGAGUUUAAUUGAAGGAGAUUUCGACCGGAACGGACCCGUGAAAUGUAAAGUGUGUAAAAAGUCUGUCAGUAAGUGGGCGUGUUUUAUUAAUCACGCGAAGAAACAUUUGGGUUUCAAGUUUAUAUGUGAAUUCUGCGGCAAAAGCUUCAUUUCAUCCAACCAGCUCAAACGUCACUGUAGAUCGUACCAUGGGAUGGAGAGAGACCUCAAGUGCAAACACUGCAACUAUCUCGCUCUAGACAACGCGCAGUUAAUAAUCCAUGAGCGGCGCGUGCACACGGGGGAGCGUCCGUACGUGUGCGACGUGUGCGCAGCCUCCUACUUCAGCCGCAAGUGUCUGCUGCAGCACAUCGAGAGCCACCGACACACUACCAGCGUUCAGUGCGAGUUGUGCCCAGCAUCGUUCAAGUCUCGCCGCCACCUCGCCAAACAUCGUUACGGCGCGCACUCGGACAAGCGGCGCAUGCGCCGCCGACAGCAGGCCACUGACGCAAGCAUAGACAGGAUGCAAGUAUAGUGCCACUCAUAUGGCCAAAUGGACAACUUUUCCAUCAAGGCCGCA